AUGGCCCCUCAGCUCCUCAGGAACUUUUACAGCUGCACCAUCAACAGCAUCCUGACUGGUUGCACCCAGGACGUACAGGUGGUGACACAGUUCUUUGUGUUCCUGUACUGUAAAUGUCUGUGGCGAGGCCUAAAGUUUGUGAUCAGGAAGGUCACGGGGUGGUGUGAACUGCAGCGGAUUUGCUACAACAUCAAGCCAGGGGCCCGCAGGACCCUUAAGAUUGAGUCCUCUCUCAGGUACUCAAAGAAUGAGCUGUGCCAGUCUGCCCUCAGUGCUCACCCAGACCGUGUGGAGAAAACCAUUGAUAACAUCCUGACCCUGAAGAAGAUCAACCCUGACUCUAACCCACAGUUGAGCAUCUCCCUCCAGGCCAGCCUGUUCCAGAUCGUGGGCUACCGUGGCCUGGUGGCGGAGGUGGAGACGCUACGCAGGGAGCCAUACGACUUUGAGAACCCCGACCACGAGGAGAUGCUGAUGAAGCUGUGGAAGACACUGCGUCCUGAUUCAUCACUCACCGGGCGGAUCUCCAAGCAGUGGUGUGAGAUCGGUUUCCAAGGCAAUGACCCCAAGACCGACUUCAGGGGAAUGGGUUUACUGGGUCUACACAACCUUCUAUAUUUUGCUGAGCAUGACAAGGCCACCGCUCUCCAGGUGCUUUAUGACUCCCUGCAGCCCAAACACAGAUACUCCUUUGCCAUCGUGGGCAUCAACAUCACAGACCUGGCCUACUCUCUGCUGGUGAGCGGAGCCCUGAAGACCCACCUGUACAACGUAGCCCCGGAGAUGCCCAGCCUCAGCCACUUCCAGCAGACCUUCUGUUACCUAAUGCAGGAGUUCCAUCGGUUCUGGAUCGAGGACGACCCCUGUGACAUCAUGGAGUUCAACCGUGUGCGCUCCAAGUUCCACCGACGGGUGCUGCGACAGCUCAAGAACCCCGACAUGGCACUGUGCCCCCACUUCACCGCCUCUAACCUCCACCUGGUCAACCUCUAAACACACUCCCAUUGACUAGCCAUCAACCUCUAACCCCUGACCUGUAACCUCCUCAACCAUUCCUCCACCCUCCCAGUUACAUCAUGUCACUGCCAACUGCUCACCCAGCCAGCGCUCACACACAUUCUCUCUCACACACACACACACACACGCUCACACACACCCACUCCUCCACACCCUGCCUAUAAGUCCCACAGCGACUUCAGAACAACCAGCACCACACUGACGACCAUGGUGAUUGUAGCAGUCUAAUCACUAGAAAUAGAUGCCGAUUUUGGAUGUUUGAAAAGAUCCUGAGAACGCCUUCCUCGGCUCUCACAAACAAAUACUUGAUGAUAGAUGGAAACAGUGUGUUGUUUUUAAUUAUUUUGUUUUAAUCCUUCCACAAACCAUAGCCCUAACCUUAACCACUCGGAAUGAAUACCUAAACUUAACUGACUUGUUUCUGUUUCAACCCUGUAACCACACGGAAUUAACCCUGUAACCACGCGGAAUUAAUGAGUCAAAAAUAGAUGUUCAUCCAUAAUAAGUCAAAUUCUAAAGAGAGACUAUGAGAUCUUGUUUAUUGUAGGGGUGCAUGAUGAGGCUGCACCACAUAGUAAUUCACUGACUCGUUGUUAUUCCUUGCAUUAACGAUUUGUGAUUGUACGAAAGCCAUUCGUUGCCGGUUAUGUAUUAUUAUUAUACAUUUUUAAAGAGAUAGUUUACCCAAAUUACAAAAUGAUAUAGGAAACAAAUAUGUAAUUUGGGUGAACUAUCCCUUUAAUUGAAUCAUCAUAAAACAAGUGCUUUGUUUUCUCCAGCCUUGAAUACAUGUUGUAAUGAAUGUUCGGCCGUGAGACCAAAAAGAUUUGAGGACAUUUCAGGAGUCAUGGCUUCUUCUCUACUAUUACAGGGGGCAAUAACAGUAUCACCUUCAGAAGUCACAAACUGAAAAUGCCUCAUAAGCUUCCUAAUUGCGACGAUAUACUGUACCUGAGCCAUGUAUUUAUUCUAUAUAUAUAUAUAUAUAUAUAUGUAGGAUCUUAAUUUGAUCUCUAAUUUGUUGCUGAGAAUUCUCCUGCAAAUCAGGAAAUGUAAACGUGUAGUUUGUAAUUUCCACUUUUGACUUGAUUUUCAGACUUGCAUCAAACCCUACAAAAAUGUCCAUUAAUUAUAAUCCACAUAAUAAUUCACAUUUCCUGUU